CAAUUCACAUCUCUCCCCCCCUUUCAAUCAAGUACAGUUUUCUUGCUGACAAACUUGGAUUCACUUCUUUAAGCUCACUCACUCCAAUUCUCCCUACUCCUAUAAUUCUCUCCUUUUUCUCGUUUCAUUAUAAGGUAUUCUUCAAACCUUUUUAUUUCACGUGGCGCAUCACUUAAAUGCUUGUUUAUCAAAUUUAAAUCUUGUUUCGAGAAUGGAUGAAAUUGUGUCUCGAUCUUCGUAUUUCAUGGGUUCGACGAUGUUCUUCGAGGAUACGGAAAAGACGAAAUGGACCCCGGAAGAGAAUAAACGGUUUGAAGAUGCAUUAGCUCUGUUCGAUAAAGAAACCCCCGACAGGUGGCAGAAUGUGGCGCGUUUGAUUCCGGGGAAAAGUGUGAGUGAUGUGAUGCAUCAGUAUAGGAAAUUGGAAGAAGAUAUUAGUGAGAUUGAAGCAGGGUUGUUGGUUGUGCCUGGGUAUAGUUGUAGUGAUGCUAAUGCUAUGACACUUGAAUGGGUGGUGGAUAAUCACCCUCAGUUUUAUAGUCAUGGAGGAAAGAGAAGUAGGCUUCCUGAUCAGGAAAAGAAAAAAGGAAUUCCGUGGACAGAAGAAGAACACAGACAAUUUCUUUUGGGGUUGAAAAAGUAUGGUAAAGGGGAUUGGAGAAAUAUCUCACGCAAUUUUGUGACAACAAGAACACCCACCCAAGUUGCUAGUCAUGCUCAAAAGUACUUCAUUCGCCAGCUGUCAGGAGGAAAAGAUAAAAGAAGGUCAAGCAUUCACGACAUCACCACAGUGCACCUUAACGACCCCACAAAGUUACCGGAAAGUGACACAUGUCCAAAACCAGGUGAAUGCACCACCAUGGUAACACCACCACCAAAACCUCACCUCCACCACCACCCCACCACAAACCACCAUAUGGAAAAAGCAUUGUACCAAUGGAGCCACCCUAAUGGUGGUGGUAUAAUGAUGGCACCACUUCACGGAAGCUCAUCUUAUGGGCCUCAAUAUGGACACUUGGGUACGGUUUUUCAAGGGAACUAUUAAACUUGCGUGAGAUUUUAUUAAUUAUGGGUUUUAACAUUGUUGGAAAAAUGGGCAUUAGCAUCCGAUUAUUUGUUGCUAAUUUGUCGAUAAUUUGUAAUUUGUCGAUAAUUCGUCUGAUGCCAGAUUUUCUAGCAGUGUAAGUAACUACGAGAGUUUAUUAAAGUUUGUAGGAUGAAAACGUGAUUACAAUGAUCCA